GGCAUAGUGAUCAUGGGUGUGGACGCCAGGGACCGAUUCUACGAAAAAGACUAUGCGAAUAUAUCGCGCCAGAUCAUUGCUGUUGUCUCCAUCAUAUUUACUUCUAUCAAGAUGGUUUGCAGCAUCCUCAAAAAGCAUGAGCUAAGAGCGGUGAUCGACCAAGUCAACAGUGACUAUGAGAAGUAUAACCGCAUGCCAGGAGACUAUCAGAAAAUCAUUGACGAAUCCAUAGCCCUGACUAGGAAGGUGGACAAAGUAUGGCAUGGAGUGUUAUAUGCUACUGCAGUAUCUUACCCAAGCUUGGCUGUGGUCUCCACCAUAUACUCCCAGCUGUUCAGCGAUUCACCAGAAAGAUUCAUGUUCCAUGAAGUCAGAUAUUGGUUUGUGGACAUGGAAACGCAGUAUUCUACGCCGUUCUUCGAAUAUUUUAAUAUCUACGAGUUGUAUAUUAUUUUCAUUGUGACUUUCGGGUUCUUGGUCUAUCAUAAUCAUAACUCCAAACAACUCGCAGGAUACGACAGCUCGUUCAUAAUAUUCAUGUUCCACGCGGCGCUGAAACUGAAACUGAUAUACCGAGACCUGGUGCAUCUGCUGGAUGACAUGGAUGUGCAGCUCAUGAGGGCCAAGGUCGCCAAGUUCGUGCGGGAGCACCUGGAGUGCCGCCUCUUCGUGGAGAACAUCCAGAAGAGUUUCGAGGUGUGGCUGGCGGGCAUCUUCUGUCAUGGCGUGCUGCAGCUCGGCAUGGCGCUCACACAGACCACGUCGCAAGAGUCAAAGGGUGGCACCGGCUCGAACUUAACAUAUUACUUCUACGUGAUGGCUACAGUCCUGCAUAUAUUUCUGCCGUGUUUCCUUGCGUCUGAACUGAGAAAAUUGGAGGAGAACCUAGCCAAGAACGCGUACGACUGCUCCUGGGAGGACGUGCCCGACCGCGGCGUGCGGCGCGCGAUCAUGAUGAUCAUACACCGCACGCAGAAACCCGACGAGUUCACAGCCAUCGGCAUGAUCACUUUCAACAUGGAGUUGUUUGUUUCUGUUUUGCAGACGAGUUAUUCUAUGUACACCCUACUAAGAAAUUAA